CGAUGAUGAUGAUCAAUAGAAGAACAUCCACCUUCCAUGAAAUAAAGGAUAAUUCUUUCUCUACCCUCAUACCUACCCCUACCCCUACCCCUACCCCAUCCCCAACCUGGAAAUUGUACGAAAAUCCAUUCUAUACUUGUCUUCAAAACCAUUAUAAUCAUAAUCAAGAAACAGAAGAACAAGAUCAAGAUCAGGAUCAAGCAGAAGAUCAGAAGAAGCAAAUCCAUCUUCUUCAUUUUCCAGUCUCAACUCGCAAGAUUGCAGCAUCUUUCUGGGAUCUUACGUUCAUCAAGCCAUUCAUGGAUUCGGAGCUUGACACAGCUCGAUCGCAGAUCAUGGAGCUGAGAGCGCAGCUUGACCACGAACGUAGAGCUCGUAAGAAAGCCGAAUCCGUCAACAAGAAGCUGACCAAAGAGCUGAUGGCAGAGAAGAAAGAAAGAGAAACAUUGGAGAAAGUAUGUGAAGAGCUGGCUGCAGAGAUAACAUCCAAUAAGACAGACAUGAGCAGGUUGAAGAUGGACAUGGAAGAAGAAAGAAAAAUGUUACGUGUGGCUGAAGUAUUGCGAGAAGAAAGGGUCCAAAUGAAACUCAAUGAUGCCAAAAUCAUGUUAGAAGAAAAGAUUUCAGAAUUGGAGAUUUCGAGAAUGACCCACAACAAUCAUAAUCAUCAUUAUCAAGAAGAGAGUAAUCGCAACGUCAUAUCUGGGAAUUCACUCAAAUUAGAGCCUGAAAACCACCAUAUAAAACGUGGAAUCAGAGGGUUUGUGGAGUUCCCGAGAGUGGUUCGAGCAAUCGGGUCCAGGAGCAGGAAUUUGGGUACGAAACUGGAGUGUCAGAAGGCUCAACUCAUGAUACUGCUGAAACAAAAGACACAACUCCAGUCCAACAGUCUUAUCAUGAGUUAAGUUUGAUCAUUUACGUACAUUAUUACUCUUCUUUUACUUGUGUUAUAUUUGGUUGAUUAGCGGUAACUCCAACCGAUCCCACACGAAACCAACCAUCAGACUAGCAAGAUAAGUGGAGGGAUUCAACCUUUUACUUGUUAUAUUGAGAUAUGGUUUUUGUGGUGAUGAAGUAAUAAUGGAGACAUUUGUGAGUUUUGAUGUGAUAAGGAAGAAAUGGUGUGGUGUGUUGUGUUGUGUUGGUAUUUGGGAAAUGGUGGUAAUGAUUCAAGGGUCAUCUGCACAUGCAUGCUUCGCUUUUA